AUUCAUACAGCCUGGGAUAUGACGUAGACAAAAUAUGCUGGUCUGAGCCCUCCAAGCUCUCCUCUAGCUCAACAAAGUGUAACCUUAAUGCACUUUCCACACAUGAGGGGAAGAAGAGCUUCUGUUUAGAAGACACGAGCCCAGAGUCAGAGGCCCCUUGCCCACCAUGAAGGGAACCUGUGUUAUAGCAUGGCUGUUCUCAAGCCUGGGGCUAUGGAGACUCGCCCGCCCAGAGGCGCAGGGUACGACUCAGUGCCAGAGAGCUGAGCACCCAGUCAUCUCCUAUAAAGAAAUUGGCCCCUGGUUACGGGAGUUCAGAGCGAAGAAUGCUGUGGAUUUCUCGCAGUUAACCUUUGACCCAGGACAGAAAGAACUUGUUGUAGGAGCAAGAAACUACCUCUUCAGGUUACAGCUUGAGGAUCUGUCUCUCAUCCAGGCUGUGGAAUGGGAGUGUGACGAAGCUACCAAGAAGGCCUGUUACAGCAAAGGCAAAUCAAAGGAGGAAUGUCAGAACUACAUCCGGGUGCUUCUGGUGGGUGGCGACCGGUUAUUCACCUGUGGGACCAAUGCAUUCACACCUGUCUGCACCAACCGCUCGUUGAGCAACCUGACUGAGAUCCACGAUCAGAUCAGUGGCAUGGCCCGCUGUCCCUACAGUCCCCAGCACAAUUCCACAGCGCUCCUCACAGCUGGCGGGGAGCUCUAUGCUGCUACGGCCAUGGAUUUUCCAGGACGUGAUCCUGCCAUUUACCGAAGCCUGGGUAUUUUACCUCCUCUCCGCACAGCGCAGUACAACUCCAAAUGGCUCAAUGAGCCAAACUUUGUGUCAUCUUAUGACAUCGGAAAUUUUACCUACUUCUUUUUCCGAGAAAAUGCAGUAGAGCAUGACUGUGGGAAAACAGUGUUCUCCAGAGCUGCCCGGGUGUGCAAGAAUGAUAUUGGUGGGCGCUUCCUGCUGGAAGACACCUGGACCACAUUCAUGAAGGCUCGCCUGAACUGCUCCCGUCCUGGGGAAGUCCCCUUUUACUACAACGAAUUGCAGAGCACUUUCUUCCUGCCUGAGCUGGAUUUGAUCUAUGGCAUCUUUACCACCAAUGUGAACAGCAUCGCGGCCUCAGCUGUGUGCAUCUUCAACCUGAGCGCCAUCGCACAGGCCUUCGCCGGGCCCUUCAAGUACCAAGAGAACUCGCGCUCGGCCUGGCUACCGUAUCCGAACCCAAACCCCAACUUCCAGUGCGGCACCGUGGACCAGGGCCUGUACGUGAACCUGACCGAGAGAAAUCUGCAGGAUGCUCAGAAGUUCAUUCUGAUGCAUGAGGUGGUGCAGCCGGUGACCACAGUGCCCUCCUUCAUGGAGGACAAUAGCCGCUUUUCCCACGUGGCCGUCGACGUGGUGCAGGGCAGAGAAGCGCUCGUCCACAUCAUCUAUUUGGCCACAGAUUACGGAACCAUUAAGAAAGUGCGGGCGCCCCUGAAUCAGACCGCAAGCAGCUGUUUGCUGGAAGAGAUUGAGCUCUUCCCUGAGAGGCGGAGGGAGCCCAUCAGGAGCCUGCAGAUCCUGCACAGCCAGAGCGUCCUGUUCGUGGGCCUGCGGGAGCACGUGGUCAAGAUCCCCCUGAAGAGGUGCCAGUUCUACCGCACACGCAGCACCUGCAUUGGGGCCCAGGACCCUUACUGUGGCUGGGACGUGGUGAUGAAGAAAUGCACAAGCCUGGAGGAGAGCCUGAGCAUGACGCAGUGGGAACAGAGCACCUCUGCAUGUCCGACCAGGAAUCUCACCGUGGAUGGACACUUUGGCGUGUGGUCUCCGUGGACGCCUUGCACGCACACAGAUGGCAGUGCCGUGGGAUCCUGCCUCUGUCGAACCCGCUCCUGCGACAGCCCAGCCCCCCAGUGUGGUGGCUGGCAGUGUGAAGGCCCUAGCAUGGAGAUCGCCAACUGUUCCAGGAACGGAGGCUGGACUCCCUGGACGUCGUGGUCUCCCUGCAGCACUACCUGUGGGAUCGGCUUCCAGGUGCGGCAGCGCUCCUGCAGCAACCCCACUCCCAGGCACGGGGGCCGGGUGUGCGUGGGACAGAACCGCGAGGAAAGGUACUGCAAUGAACAUUUGCUAUGUCCCCCACACAUGUUCUGGACAGGCUGGGGUCCUUGGGAACGGUGCACAGCCCAGUGCGGGGGUGGCAUUCAAGCUCGCCGCAGGACCUGUGAGAAUGGGCCUGACUGUGCAGGCUGCAAUGUGGAGUACCAGCCUUGCAACACCAACCCGUGUCCCGAGCUGAAGAAGACCACACCCUGGACACCGUGGACGCCUGUCAACAUCUCUGACAGGCUUUCUGGGGAUUUCCUGCGUGCUGGCAGAUACUCUGCCCACACGGUCAACGGGGCUUGGUCAGCCUGGACGUCGUGGUCACAGUGCAGCCGUGACUGCAGCAGGGGCAUUCGGAACCGGAAGCGUGUUUGCAACAACCCCGAACCCAAGUAUGGGGGAAUGCCUUGCCUCGGCCCAUCUCUAGAAUAUCAGGAAUGCAACAUUUUGCCCUGCCCAGUGGAUGGCGCGUGGUCUUGCUGGUCCCCCUGGACGAAAUGUUCAGCAACAUGCGGCGGUGGACACUAUAUGAGGACCCGCUCUUGCUCCAAUCCGGCCCCGGCCUAUGGAGGGGACAUCUGCCUGGGGCUGCACACAGAAGAGGCACUCUGCAACACGCAGCCCUGCCCAGAGAGCUGGUCAGAGUGGUCGGACUGGUCUGAGUGCGAAGCCUCUGGUGUCCAAGUCCGUGCCCGCCAGUGCAUCCUCCUGUUCCCCGUGGGCAGCCAGUGCUCCGGGAACACCACGGAGAGCCGGCCGUGUGUGUUUGGCUCUAAUUUCAUCCCAGAAGUAUCUGUGGCAAGAUCCAGUAGCGUAGAAGAGAAAAGGUGUGGAGAGUUCAACAUGUUCCACAUGAUCGCCGUGGGGCUGAGCAGCUCCAUCCUUGGCUGCCUCCUCACCCUGCUUGUCUACACCUACUGCCAGCGGUACCAGCAGCAAUCCCACGAUGCGACUGUCAUCCACCCCGUCUCACCCGCCCCCCUUAAUACCAGCAUAACCAACCACAUCAACAAACUGGACAAGUACGACUCGGUGGAGGCCAUCAAGGCAUUUAACAAAAACAACUUGAUCCUAGAGGAAAGAAACAAAUACUUCAACCCACAUCUCACUGGGAAGACCUAUUCUAACGCCUACUUUACAGAUCUCAAUAAUUAUGAUGAGUACUAACAGUUCUUAUGUUUUUGGCUUCUUGUAAAUCCCCAGUUCCUCAAGGCCUGUGCCCCAUGACUGCCCAUGUUUCUGAGGCUUCAGAAUUGAAGUUUGGAUACAUUUCAAGUGCAUUUCAAGCCACCGGAGUGUCCCAUUGCUGCCAAAAGUACACAUUUUUAAAAGCAACAAAAAUUGAAAUAGGACAUCGUGAAAAUCUUGACCGUUGUUGAAUGAGUCAGGGUGUGAAGUUUUUAAUUGUGUUCAUCCUGUUUUUCUGAUAAGUCCCUUGGUUUGUUUUUUGAGCUUUAUUUUAUAAAUGUGCCACCCACAUUGGAAGGAGUCUUUAGAAAUAUGAAUGUCUUCUUGCUUUGGGGUGUAAAUCUUCAUGAUGUUUUAAUUCAAGAAAAUAGGCACUUUUUUCUGAGAGACCUGCUCCCUCCACAAGAAGUGCUUAGGUCCAUAAUAUUUCAAAACAUGAAGAAAAAGAAUGUGGCCAAACAAUUAUUCACCAUGGAUCGCCCAACUUCCCAAAUCUGGAUAAAGCUAUGGGAUUCUUGGAAGCAGCUUAUGUGUUUUCAUCUUGCCUGGGAAGCGCAGGAAUUCUACCUGGCCCACAUCUGCAUAGGUUACAGUUGACUGUGAGGCUCACCUUGCUCCUGAUGCAGUUUCUGUGCCAUUGCUGGUGGAGGGAGCGGAGUAGAGGUGCAGGCACAAGGAAGCGUGGAUGUGUUCUGCAGGUUGCUGCAAAACUCGCCUUAUUCUGACUUUUGGAUUUCAUGGCAUUCUAGGAAGUUCCUUGCCAUGCUGUUGACCUGGAAGCCCACCCGUCUGGUCCAUAGUAAUGUCCUGAAGAGCCAGUCUGUAAAAUAACCAACCACUUACUUAGCGUUUGGAUAGACUCCACACCUCCUCUCUCCCUGCAAAGAAAAGUCUUGAACAUUUAUGAUGUCAAUUAGUGAAAGUAUUGAAAAUACUAAAUUAUAACUAAAAGCAACUUUUUAUGUUAUAGAGAAUAUUGAAAGAACUGAUAUUAAUGAUAACCAAUGUUUUAUUUUUCAUCUCUCUGAUAUAACCAAUGUGUGGGCAAUCAGCCCCUACCAAGAGCAUUAAUGCCAUGUAAAGCUGGCUUUCUGGAGUCCACCAAGUCCAUACGAAGUGGUACCCCCAGUUUCUGCUGUUACUUGCUGCCUCCAGGCCAGGGGAGCAGGAGAUGCUCAGCUCUGGUGCCUUUUCUUUUAUUUCAGUGCUGCCUUCCCACCCACCCAGUCCAUCCACCCUCACCUCUCCCUGCAUGGAGGCAACAGCAUUUCAAGAUGCACCUUGGGAAGUCAGGAUAGCCGGAAGUAAGGGUUUUUGGGAUCCCUGUGGUCUCAUCGUUGAUCAUCAAUAAGCAUUUAAGAGUGUGAUAACACCAUUCACAGAGGUCCCCGGAAAAAAAUAUGUAUGUUUCUCACAAACAACUGAUACAUAACAUAUGGCAGUUGGUUGAAUAAAUAUUGAAAAUAAUAACACGACUGAAAAAGUUCAUCUGAUGCCUCUGAGCAUGUGAUAAAGUCCUGGGUGGACAUGGAAAUGUGUUCUUACUGACAAAUGAACCUUCAGAUCUAUGAAAAAAUAUAUAGUAGGGGUACUAAGGAACACAGAAUUUUAUUAGCAUAUGUGCUUUUACCCUUACCCUAGUUUCCAAUUUAAAGAAACAAUUUCAGAAAGUGUUAGAAGAAUUCUGUGUUUAAUAAUGAAUAUUGUUGAGUUCAAAAUAUAAAUAUACCCAAAUUUACAGAAAUGACACGGUAUUGAAAUGGCAGGUGGGCUCUGUAAGUUCUUUUGGAUUGCAAGUAAAUGACAUUCAGGGUCUUUGCAGUGGGGACUUCAUGUUGCCUCUCACGCAUUCCUCAUAUGUCAGAGUCUUCUGUCUAUAUACACAUGAUCAAAGCCCAUACUCAGUAGGGGAAAUCUAGCCAGCUCGUUCUCUAAUUGUUCCUAGGUUGGAUUUUCAUCAGGUAUUUCAACUCAUCUCAUCACUUUCUUGUAAGAAAAAAAAAAAAAUCACUAUGUAGCACAUUUUAGUUAUUUUUUUAGUCUUCUUCCCUAAUAUUUUGUAAGCUUAAAGGGACAUUUUAUUUUCCCUGGGAAAGAGAAUUCUAAUAUUUCAAGAAUACUUCACUGGAAUUGAUGGGAAAUGGUUUCUAAAUGCCAUCGAAGCUGGUCUUUAAUGAAUAUUUUGCAGUGACUUGGGAAAACACCCUCCCUCGCUACAGGAUCUUCGUGUUGUUAAUAAUAUAAUAUAAACCUUUGAAAUUAGCAUUGCAAAAGAAUCCCAUUUUUGUUUCCUACCACACUGUUCACAGGAACAUUGUUUCUCUCUCUUCCUUUCUUUCUCUCUUUUAUUUGACAGAAUAGCAAGUGUUUAGAUAAUUUCAGGUAUAUUCUAAGUAUUUUUACCAGCUGUGGAAUAAGUUGUGUUUCUCCAUCACUGUGUAGCUCCUGUUCACGUGUUCUGGCUCCAUACUCCACGCCUAAUGAGUGAACCCUUCCACGUUGGGCUUUCACAGUGCGAUCUCUCCCCUGUGUUGGAACCUCCUUCAUAAAGCCGCUCUUCCUUAGGACUGGGCUGUUUGGGAGUCCUGGUGAAACUUUGUGGUUCACAUUUUAAAUUCCUGAAUGACCUUUUCAUUCUCUCUUUAUCUUUGUUUUUGUCCUUCAUUCCCUCCUUUUGUUCUUCCUUCCUGCCUUUUCUUCUUUCCUUUCUUCUUUAAUUAUUCCCUUAUUCUUUUUAUUUUUCUUUUCUUUUUUUUUUUUUUUUUUACAAGUGGAACAAAAAGUAACAAAUAAUUUUAAGCUACACCUGUCUGUACCUGAUGUAAAAUGACAUUAAUCACUAUUUAACUUCUAAAGUUAUUUCUGAAUAUAGUUGGAGAUUGGCUGGUUUUCAUGAGGAAGCUGGCUUUAGUCUUACAUUUAAAUUCUUUGAAAGUGACUCCCAGUACUAUUCAGGGUCCUUUCUUGAGGCUAGACUCAUCACCAUCUAAUAUUGAUUUUACAGUGUACUGACAGUUUACAGGAAGGAGAACAGAAUUUCUGUACACUGUACAACAUGUGGGCUUCCUUUAGCUCCAGGGACAUGUGACUUUGGUGAAACUGGGAUUUUGUAACCUCUGAAUGAUAUGGACUUAGUGAAUUCUAAGGAACUCAUGGGGCACGUGGUCAGGCUCCACCGCACGGAAGAGCCACAGUCUUCAGACUCAUGGCAUUCCUUCCAGAACUCCCCAUUCCACUCCGAGCAUAUUUCUAUGCUGCUGCUUCUUGUGACUUAUAUGAGGCAUCUCAGCUUCCUCAUAUGUGUGAAGAUGUUUCCCUAAGUCUGUUCAAGUAGACUCUCGCUAGAGUUAGCAUUCAUAUUUGAGGGAAAUAAAGAGCAUUUAAUGUGUUUGUGUGGGGCUGAGGUUCUAAAAGAAUUGAAAAGAGAUGAUGAACAUUGAAUGAAGGUGAGGGCAUCCCUGCCGGGGAGAAACCUCUGUCCCUAAGGAGAGUCCAUUCAUAUGUUCAUAUGGUCUGGGAUGAACCAGGGGUCUGGCCCCAUCGGGUCACAGGUGAUGGCAAAUAGAAAAGAAGCAAAUGAAGGAAACAGUCGGAUAAGUAGGUGACAUGAAAGGCGGGACCUGGUUACCUCCGUGAGUGCUAUGGACAGUUCCCAGAAACGGUGGCCCACUUCACAGGUCCAUGGGUCUGACCCUUGGAUUCUGCCAGGAUCAACUGCCCUGAGUAGCAGAGUUUUAGUCAAGGGCGUCCUUACUUCCUCAUUCAUCUGCAAAAGGAUGGAAAUUGUGGGAGUCAGAGCCUAUUUUGCUGAGUGUUCCCACUGGAGUCUCUGGUAGAAUUAGUGAGUCAUGUUGUCAAAGUCAUGGACAAAGGCUGGGUGCCCUGGCUCAUGCCUAUAAUCCCAGCACUUUGGGAGGACACGGUGGGCGGAUCACCUGAGCUCAGGAGUUUGAGACUAGCCUGGGCAACAUGGUGAAACCCUGUCUCUACAAAAUAUGCAAAAAAUUAGCCAGCCAUCGUGGUGCACGCCUGUGGUCCCAGUUUCUUGGGAGGCUGAGGCCGGAGGAUCAUUUGAGCCCUGGAGGUUGAGGUUGCACUGAGCUGAGAUCAUAUCACUGCACUCCAACCUGGGUGACAGAGAGACCAUGUCUCAAAAAAAAAAAAAAAAAAGCAAAGUCUCAGUGACGUUCUCCAUGUCCCCAAGUGGCCCUCUAAGGGGAUCAUUAGCAUAUAAUCGAAUAUCAAAGGGAAUUUUACCUUAAACAUAUAUCAAGUCUAUACUUAGCUAAUCAUUUUAUCUAAACACAGCCUUGUUGGCAUUUGAAUUUACAAAUAUUCAUUUGCUUAUUUGCAGUGUUCCUUUUGCUUUUAGAAUAAAUCAUAAAUAUUUCCCCAAUACUGUCAAGAUAUUUAGUCAUCAACGUUGUCCCUGGGCCAUCAGCUUUCUUUAGGCUCCGGGUGUCAUUCACAUUUCAAUGGGGUUUUUCUUGUGUGUGGUGUUGGGGGUAACUCCACUGACCUCAGCAUUUCUAUCUCAAGAGACGGCUCUGGAACACAGAACCAGAGGCAGCAGCUACCAAUGGUUGAUAAAAUAAACUGCAACUGCCUGACCAUUUUCCACAUGGCAGGGCUGUGCUUAAGCCCCACACCUCCAAUAAUCAAUGUCUAUGAAGGUAUCAAUAACCUUAACUGUAUGCAAAUUCUUCACCACUUACAAUAUGGUACAAACUGGAGUUUACAGAUGGCCUCGGCCAUGCCUGCCCAUUCGUUCAUCCUAACUUCUUCAUCACUUCCUGGUGUACUCGGGGAAGCAUGUUGAUACAACAUUGCCGAUGUUUGAUUACCUGUGGUUAUCUGUAAUUACCUAUGCUUAUCUUGUCAUACACUAGAUGCCAUUUGAGCCCCUUACUUCUUUGGGCAGUGGGUGAAAUGGGAGAACAUAGAAAAAUGUUCACUUUGACCUAAGAAAUGCACAAAAGGGAAUGCCAUGCACGAUGUAAGAUAAAAUAUUUGGAGACAGGGGAUCAUCGUGAAAUUUAUUUCUGCUAUUCUCACCUAUUGAGGUCAUUAAUUAUAAUUGAUUUAAAUAUUUUUUUAAACUCUACAAAUACUGAGCCAAGGAAUUCAGGUUAUGUGCUCUGUUAACCUAAUGAAGCAAAGGAAAAUAUGUUGCUUUAAUCCUUGCUUGUUAACCUAAUAAAGCAAAGGAAAAUAUGUUGCUUUAAUCCUUGCUGCUUUUCUCGUUUGGUGAUAGAAAAGGUAAACAAGAUGUAAUGUUGAACUGCUGGUGAUGAUUUCUAAACUGACUCUUUCAUACUGCUUUCCUGCGGACUUAUAUUAAAGAUGCAUUGUACACAUUGUUUUAGCAGAUAGACCAGAGGUAUAUUCAGUGGUCACCUGUUGCAUUAUCAGAAAUGUGGUAUGUGUUACAGGAGCAUGAGGAAGAGAAUCCUAUCCUCUUUUGAAAAUAGAGUUCACAUUGCAAGUGACAUAGAGCAUUCUCAAAACCAAAUUCAGAGCCUGGCACAAAAUGUACAGUUCCUAGUGAAAGCUGUCUCAAAACACAGUCUUUUUGAUAGAUCAUAUUAGAUCAUAUCUGCCAUAGAAAGGCUUACUCCCUGCAAUCGGAGUCAAUAUCAAUUCUUGCUCAAGCAAACAUGUUUUACUGUGUUGGUGCAAUGGCAGGAACUAGUCAAGGGUACUUUCAGACCUGGAAGGAGGAAAGAGGAGGUAGAAAAUCACUCUUUUGUGCUUCUUAAACUGUCAGUCAAGAAAAUUUAUUCCACCCCUUCAUAUUUGCUCUAAAAUCUGGGGCCAGUAGUUCAAAUGUGAUCCUGUUCUUUCUCAGCCUUUUGCAAUUUAAUGCCAAAUGGUCCAAAUGUUAGAUGAAUGGCGGUAAUAAAAUGAUUCAAAUGUUAAAUAAAUACAAGCUGAGAGCAAAAUCUGAACUCUGAAAAAUCAGAACUAUUCUAUCAUGUUGCUAAAAUGAGAGCAUCAUUUUCUCCCCUCUCUGUUAGUGCGGAUAAUUUAAUUUCCUAGAAAAAGUUGCUAGUGCCUUGUUUACGAUGAUCAUUUAUCAUUUCAUGUGGAUACUAUUGGUCCAAUUAGAAGCAGAGAUUGAUUGGAUUUACUUUAAAGAAAAUUAUUCUCCUAUGCCUCUUUGAACUCAGGAAUAGAAAAUGAUCGAGAAGCACAUCAUCUUCAGAUGUGAUUUUUGCCCUCAUUGGGGAUGUAGAACCAGAAUAAGUACAAUAUAUGUUCAGAAGAGAGGUGACCUCAGUAUUAGCCUUCUAGAAACUAACAUCACUUUAAUUUUUACAUGUUCCAAAAAAACAUGAUAGCGUUUGUUCUGUAAUAAGAAUGUCAGCAUGAUGCCUGUAGAAGGUAGAGGUUUUCGUUUCUGUUUAUCUUCAGACAAGUCCAUAGAUAGAGGAAUAUCAGACACAGGCUGGUGACAACUGGCAUAGAUACAGUGAGCACGGAAUGAGAACCACCUACAGCAUUGCCUGAUUAUUUUUAAGUUCAUAUCAAAACUGCUUCACAAGUUCACAAACGUUGUCACUCUUAAUUUGGGUUAAGAAAAGUAUUAGUAUUAUCUCUACUGAAGUUGAUUGCUUUUCUCUUGUACUGUGACUGUUGGCCAAAAGCAAGCUGAACUUCUGCACUUUGAAACAAAGCACAGUAUGAACCUUUAACCCAACCACCUAGUUUCACCACUGAGAUUCUACAUCAUCGGCAAGAAAAUGCACAAACUUGGUCCAAUGUUGGAUUCUUCAAAAGUGCAUAGCAAAACUUUUGUGCUAUGCAGCUUGAUGUGACUUUUAAAGAUGUUAUCAAAUGUUAAAUGCCUCAUUCUGUGUUAAUUUGCUGUUGGCUGUUUUGUGACACAAAAUAAACUUAUUUGAGAUUGUUUCUUUUUUUUUUUUUUUUUUUUGUUAACCUUCUCUAAAGCCAAUUUCAGCCCUUGGUAAGCUUGCAGACAAGCUGCAGACAAGUUACUGAUCUUAAAUUUAAUUUUGAAAGAUAAUGUAUCUUAAUUACAAUUUAGCUUUUUAAAACAAUGAGACAACUUUACAUUUCCCCUUUGUUUUAAUGAGAAAAUGGAUCUUGGGUUGCUCUGCUAGAACGCUUGUGGAUUGCUGGGUCCUUCCUAAGGGGGCCAUGGGCACACCACACUUUCUUUCAAUCCUUACAUUUGAACGAUUGAUAGUCUUCAAAACCUUCUUGUUAGAUGUACGCAAUAGAAAUUUCUAAUGGUCAUGACUUCUAUCUUUCCUGUCCAUCAAUUCACUGGUUUUCAAUGCUUCCCGAGAUAGCUGUCUAGGUCUGUAUCCCAGAUCAUUGCUUAAUGACACCUGACAGAUACAGUGUUUUCUGAAAUCAGCUUAAGACACCAAUUGUGGCAACUGGAAGCUCAUCACCUGCUACAUUGGAUCAACUAUGGAAGUCGGAGUAGGGGUGGGUGGAGGUUACCUAACCAACCAGUGGAAGUCAACUCACACCUGCUCCAAGCCUCAACUUUGAGAAACAAACAUGUUUAUAAGAAAGAAAAACAUAGCUAUUAUUACAGGAGUGAAUAUAUUGUGCUCUCUUACUGCUCUUGGUGCAUUGCCAGUUUCUGUAUCUCAACCCUGUUCAUCAUCUUUAUGAAAAAGCAUUCUGAAGAUCUAUCCUCAGCACUGCUGAGUACGCAGUCACCCUUUCCUAGCAACCCCCUUCUUACCAUCUCUAGCUGCCGUUUGUGUGGGGAAUAAAACGAGGGAAUCCUGAUUAUGUACAGUAUAAAUUGUAUUAUAUUUUUUGUACUUAUGUUUUAUGUAAAUAGUUUGUCUCAUUCAAUUGUAUGUGAGCAUUGAAAUAAAUCCUACCGUUGAGGAGACAA